AGAAAAACGCCGACAGUUUCCUUUCGUGUAUAUUUAAGGAAGUAUUCGAGGCUGUCAUUUAUACGUAAUUCUUUGUGUAUUGCGGUGAUAUCAACGUCAAAUUUGUUUCCUUUGUAAAAAUGAGUCGGCAGAUACUGGUUUUGUUUCUGUUUUACGCUUUUGUACAAGUCACAGUACAAUUAACGUUAACGGGGAGUCAUUGUCAGCUCAAUGACCAGACGUAUUACUGCGAAGUUGCAACCGUAGCUGACCUGUUCAACGCUAGCCUUCUUCCCAAAGAGACUGCGCAGCUGACCCUGGGCAAUUUAUUUAACAAGUCGUAUUUGGAAAAUAUUCCAGCUUUACCUCAUUAUCUACAUGAUAUACGCAAUCUGUACUUCGAGACCUUCAUCUUCAACGACACCGGUAUCAUCCAGUCAUUUCUGAUCAAUAUCAGAAGCACAGUGGUGUCCUUGGCGUUCAUAUACGGACAGUUUCUGUCACUUAACGCUGGAAUGUUUCAGGGUUUUGAUCGUUUAGAGGGCUUAGAAGUUAUACGUACCGGCUUGGCUCAUAUUGCCCCGGGAUCGUUUGACGGGACGCCGGUGUUAAAAUGGCUUAAAUUAACCGACAACCAAAUGCCGGAAUUCGAUCUGUCUAUCUUACCGGCCACUCUGCAGGAGCUCGGUGCAGAAUCGGACAAUAUUACCACUCUCAAGGCUUCCUCAGCCCUGAAUCUUCCUCAUCUGGACACGGUUUAUCUUGGACAUAACAACUUUAUCGCGCUGCCGGACGAACUGAUCCGCUUUCUGCAGAAUGUCACGACUCCUAUAAGCUUGUACUUCGAAGGAAUGCCUUUAACAGCCAAUAGAGAUCUUUGCGCCAAUCAACAUCUGCAAUCUCUACUGCGGGUGGCACAUGACCGAAAACAUAUCGUGAAGGUGGAAUACAUUUGCGGAAGACAUGCAGAAGAGUUUUGUGGACCAAAUACAUUGAGACCCAGAGUGAAAGCCGACUUCCACUGCCAAGAUUGUCGGGCUACCUUUUUCCCUGACCAGUUUGCACGCGCUUAUGAUAUAUGCCUAAACUGAUGCGAGUAGGUGGUAUACUAUCUGCAAACGGAGCGUAGAUCGUGAGGCAGGGUGACCUUUACCAAUAAUAACUAUAAUUAUCACACAUUUUGCCCAUUGUAGUUUCAAGGAACGGCUGUUCAGUGACGCGUCGACCGAUACACUUUAUCCGUUACUUCCAUGUAGCGAAUGAUAGCGCUGAAGCGGGCACGUUGCACUACGUUAAUGCUUCCGAUUUUUUUGUCAGCUAUUGUCGGUCAUGUUUGUCGUUUGGUUUAGGUUAUUCAUUGAGCAGACAAACCCUUGAGGCACUACCAAGUCUAAGCAGCACACUUUUACAUGUUUCCUACAAAAUAUUUCUUACAAAACGUUUUUAAUCCACUAAAAUAGUCAUUUCCGGUUCAUCUAGGAAAACCAUAUUAUUAUGUAGUUACAGGGUGCUGAUCAACGAAAAAGAGCUAUGUAGGUAAAAUUAUUAUUUAUAAAAUACACUUCCUGCGUUACUGAAAUGUCAAACUACAAAACAACUUCUGAUGACAGAGUACAGCCGCAUUUGAUUACUUUGACUGCAAGAAGUCUUACUGAUUCUAAAAAUUAAAGGAAGAUCUUUUGGCCGCGAUAAGCUUGCAUAAUCUCGGGAACCAUCAUGUUUGUUGCUCGGAUAAGUUUGCCGCAGUGCCUUAAAUUUUUUCGAUAUCCGAUCUUCGAUUUCACAAAAUUUCUUGGAAGAUGUUUUGCCGCGAUAAGCUUACACAACCUUCGGGAACCAUCAUGUUUGUUGCUCGCAUAAGUCUGCCUAUAAAUUUCUUCGACAUUACGCUGCAGCGGUGGUAUUUUCACAUUAACAACAUUCGGUUACCCGUCAGCGGCAACGGAUUUUGUUCCUGACCCAAGGACUGCUUGACAGCUAUGGAUUUCCGUUUUCGUUUUACACUAUGUAUGGUUAUUGCAAUAGCAGGAAGCCACCUGGGAGUAUCACUUGCAGCCACGGGGUCGCAAAGCACCUGUACACCGGAAAGUCAGAGAGGGGCCGAGCAAUGCGCGCGAUCCUUCGACUCACUGAUAGAGACGAGCACACUAAAAAUGCAAAUGGUGCAAUCAGCGAUCUUCGCAGAUUUCAUUAACGAGACCACUGCCGCAGCUAUAGUUGAAUUUUUCUGUGGCCCGGUUGCUGGCGUGGUUAGCUGCUUAACCAAUGCACCCCGUGAGUGUCCUUACCAAGGGUCACGACACAUGCCUUUUUAUUGGGAGCACCUCAAUCUCACCGGCUUCCUUCACCAAAUGUGCCGCGUUCCGCACCCCGAUCAACAAUUAAUCCGCAUUGUUGAAUGCAAAAAAGCGCUGACAAACGUCUCCACUAUCAGAAACGAUGGCCUGCUGAGUGAGAUUGGCGCACAACCUUCGCACGAAACCGUUGCGAGUUCCCUUGACUGGCAGUGCCGAGUGUAUCGUCGUCUAAUGGAGACGUAUACCUUGGAUAUCGUUAAGGCGACAUGUGGCGAAGGUGCUGGUGCCACAUAUACAACGUUGAAACCACUAAUGCAAGAGGUCUUGUCCUGCCACGUCUAAAUAAGCCUGUCGCGGAGAAGGCGGCGGUGCGGUCGUUCUACUACAAUGCGUACAUAAAAGUUACAGAAUUUUUGAUAACUACUGUAACUGUUUCAGUUUUUUGAUUUUCUUUUAUUGCUUCGAAUAAAGCAUAAUAAAGGAUUUCCUAAGGAA